AUGUUUCUCGCCGGAUCGCACACCGUCAUGACGACGCUACGCUGGAGUCUGCUCUUCUUCCUCAAAUACCCUCACGUCCUGCGGAGAGUGCAGGCCGAGAUCGGUGACGUCAUCGGGCGAGAGAGGCUACCUUGCAUGGCGGACCAAGACAACAUGCCGUACACUCGGGCGACAAUAGCCGAAGAGCAGAGAAUAGCGGACAUCGUGCGACUGAAUCUGGCCCACAGCACGACUGCUAAAGCCCGGGUCACAGCAGAUCGAGGCUACGUCAUCCACGCCGGUACGAUGAUCAUUGCUAACUUUACGGCCAUUCUCAACGACCCGAAAUACUUACCCGAACCGCAGAAGUUCCGCCCGGAGCGCCACCUGGACGAGCGUGGAGACUUUGUGCAGAACGAAGCACUGAUUCCGUUCUCGACCCGCCACCGGGUCGAGAAGAGGAGAACUAGCCUCGAGAGACUAGCCUACUGA